AUGAGCAAGGUCGGUGGCUGGUUCAAGGCCAAACGUGUCCGUGGUCGUGCCUACUUGGCCGAAAAGAACCCGGUGUGCACGCCGUCCGACCGUUGGUGGAUUUACAUCAUUAUUGCUAAAGCCUUUGCAGCAAGCGCGACGGUGACAUUCAAGCAGCUCAAUAGACACUCUGUCACGGUUUCGAUGCAGCGAGAAUAUUUAAAGAGUUUGAUGCUGUUCUACAUCGAAUGCGUCGGCGCCAAAGGUCCAUUCCUGGCGGAUGGUGGUAAGGCGGACACACUGGAUUCUAAUGAAUGGCAUGUGUUGACCUCCAAAAACUUUUCUGCUAGUCUCGUCGAAGUAAAGAGUUUCGUUCAUUCGUUGCGAUUGAGGAGUCAGAAGGAGUGCCUUCUUUUUGGAACUUUGGAUCCUCGAAGAAACCGAUUUAAUUGA